GUGAUUCUAACACCUGUUACUGUUGUUCUGGAGCACAACAGCAGCGAGGCAACAGAACAACAAGCAACAAGGACGCCGUACAAAGCCAGUUAUACAAAUCCGACCCACAUCACCGUGAAUCUUACAGCACACAGUAGGUCGUUGUCUGUGCCCUCAAAAGGAGUUGGCACCGUGCCAUCCUCGCUGACAACCCAACAGUGGCCAAACAGACCUCUUGGUAUCAAGUGGUGCCUGCCCCCUAGGAAGAGGUCCGGUUCGUGUUCGAUAAGAUUUUUCGGUGUUCGCCAAUUACGUAGCUCUGUGAAACAUCCACCGGAGAUGAGAGGCAUCACGCCUCUUACGGGCGUCUGCCUGUGGACAACGUUCGUAAUCCUCGGCGUUUCACUGACGGGCGUUUCCUCUCAGAGGGGAAGUUCUUGGGACUCCUGCCGUGGCGUCGUUUGCAACGAGGUGCAGAGGCAAGCAGAGGGCCUCACCAGACUCAAACUGCUGAGGAAUUACGUUGUCCAGACGAUGCAGCUCAUGGACAGCUUGGUGACUUCCCUGGACGAAGAACUGGUCAAGACAGGUCAGGGUCUUUCCCUGUUCGUUGGUCCACACUGCGAGACUGCACAUACCUUACUCCAGCACAUCACAACGAUCAACGUCAGCGCAGAUACAUUCAAUGCCGCCAAAGUUCGGGAAGAUCUGGACACCAGCGAAUCAAGGUGGCCUCCCACUCAGUCGUCUCAGGUUGAUUUGUCCCAACACCAUGAGGACGUUUGGCCAAAUGUGAUUGAGGCAUCAUCCGACGGAGGAGGAUCAGGCUUCUCUGGGGUGGAUGACAGUCAGUACGUUGUGCCAAGUUACCCAGGAGGUCAAGGAAAAGGAAGUGGGGGCUCCGGGUCUGAUGGCUCAGGUGGGGCCUUUGGAGGGGGUCACUCUGGAUCAGGAGGUUCAAGUGGUGGUUUCGGAGGAGGUCACGCUGGAUCUGCAGGUUCAAGUAGUGGUUUUGGAGGCAGUCACUCUGGAUCUGCAGGUUCAAGUAGUGGUUUCGGAGGAGGUCACGCUGGAUCUGCAGGUUCAAGUGGUGGUUUUGGAGGCAGUCACUCUGGAUCCACAGGCUCAAGUGGUGGUUUUGGAGGAGGUCACACUGGAUCAGCAGGUUCAAGUGGUGGUUUCGGAGGCGGUCACGCUGGAUCAGCAGGUUCAAGUGGUAGUUUUGGAGGGGGUCACACUGGAUCUACUAGUUCCAGUGGUGGUUUUGGAGGCAGUCACUCUGGAUCAGCAGGUUCAAGUGGUGGUUUCGGAGGCAGUCACACAGGAUCUGCUGUUUCAACUGGUGGUUUUGGAGGCAGUCACACUGGAUCUGCAGGUUCAAGUGGUGGUUUUGGAGGUGGUCUUGCUGGAUCAGCAGGUUCACGUGGCCAGGGUCAUGGGUCAGGUGAAUCAGGAGGAAAAGGUAAAGGUCCUUGGGCUGGAGGCAAAAAGCCAGGUGGUGGGAAAGACUUUGCUGGUGCUGGUUGCCGGGGCGUCGAUAAAGGGACGCCCCACUGGGUACCAGGACUGGACGAGUGGUGCAGAAUCAACUGUGCCGCAGGAUUUUGUCCUGCUGAGAAAUGUGUUUGUUAGUAUUGAUACAUCUUCUGUUUCAUCUAUCGGAGCUUCCGCUAUCAAGCAGGUUCGUUUGUUCCCUUUAUCGGAGCUUCAGUUCUGAACUGACUUUUUUUGUUAUUGCUGUCUUUUGAGGGCCACAGACCGAUUAUUACAGAAAGCCCAUAAUUGAAAACUAAAUUUAUAUAUAACAUUAUAUAGUUGUUAUGCUGUAUUCAUUAUUUUCUUCUUUUCACUGGCGCAGCUUAGGUUACAAGAUACAUAUAUUUGGAUAAGAAGGCUUGAUUAGGCUAGUACUCUGACACUUCUUUGGUGAUAACUUUUAUCAUCAAUAUUUGGUUGCAGUAUGGGGAGUCCACUUUGUCCUGUGUUAGCAAACUUAUAUAUGGAGUAUUUCGAUAGACUCUAUCAAACCUGCAGAUAUGAUUAGGCUUCGUUAUGUAGACGACAUCUUAACAUAUUAGAAAAGCGAGUGGGGCAAUUUUGAUGUCUUUCUACAAAAAUUAUAUUCCUUGGUCCUGAGCAUAAAAUUUAAAGUAGAAUGGGGAAACAAUAUCCCCUUUUUAGAUGUCUUAAUCGCCAGAACUAAUAACAACUACAAAUUUACUAUCUUCAGGAAAACGACAGUUUCACUUUCAUACAUACAUUCUUACAGCUAUCAUGACAUUUCAGUUAAACUCAGCAUAGCAACUAACUUAAUUCUUAGAGCCCUGAGAAUUAGCUCCCCAGAUUUUCUUAACAAAGCACUUGAAACAAUCAGAAAUCAACUUAUCUUGUUGAAAUACCCCAAGCACUUAAUAGAAAAAGCCAUACAUAAAGUAAAGAGCAUUUUUUACAAAUCCACAGAAAACAAAGAAAAGGAAAAAUACACACACAAACUCAUAAUCCCUCACGUAGAUAAUUUACGAGAGAUCACACAAUCCUUAGGCCAGCCAAAACCUUUCAUCUUCACUUAUCCGAAUACAUUAGGGAAAUCCUUAAUUAACGUUCAGCAGAAACCAGUUUCUAAAGACAUAGGAUUUAAUGAAAUCCCCUGUGGGGAUUGUGAUAAGUUAUACUAUGGUUUCGCAGGAAAAUCUCUCUCGCAAAGAUUAACUCAACAUAAGCACUCAGUUAGAUAUGGACAACACAGUUCAGCAAUUUUCCAUCAUAUAAAUAACACGAACCAUACCAUGGAUUGGAACUCAUCCCGAAUUUUAUACAAGAGCAGCUGUAAAUACAAAUGUCAGAUGAUAGAAUCUUCACUGAUAAAACAACAUUAUAAUAGGAUCAACCUUUCCAAUGAAGCCUGAGACUCUGACCAGAUAGACAAUAUCUUCCUUAAGGCAACAAUGAAGCGGAUUAAGACAAUUAACAGAACCAACGUCAGCUUGGCGGUGACCCUACGCAUCACCUAAGGGCAUAUCUCCCAAUAUAUAUUUCGCCAAUGUAACUUCUGUCAUUCACUAUACAUGAUAAGGGUGGGAGUCAGUCCACCGAAAUACAGUCCUUAGCUUUAAA